UCCCCCCCCCCCCCUUACAGUACAGAACAAAGAUUCAUUCUUUUCUACUGCAAAACUUUCCAAUCAGAUUCUGAGAUUAGGGUUCUUCUCUCGCUAAUCUUCGAAGUUCUCGUACUUAUUCCGCUGUAAGUUCGAGCUUCUUGGGAUUCCAGAUCGCUGUUGCAGGGAGUGUUUAUCGAAAAUGUUGGAAUAUGGUGAGAAAUGAAGCCUAGAUUGAUGAAAUGGGGUGUGUAUUUGGCCGCCAGGCACCAUCUGGGACGAUAUCUGGAGCUAAAGAGGCAAAUAACACUAGGACUGAACGAUUUACAGAGAAUGCACCAGUGACGAAGAGCAAUGGUGAUAGUGUUGUGGAGGUUAAUAAUGAGGAGACCCAGAAGGAGGAAAACCCUGAUAGGGAUAGGAAACCAAAGGGGGAGAGGAGGAGGUCAAAGCCAAAUCCACGGUUGAGUAAUCCGCCAAAGCAUUUGCGUGGCGAGCAGGUUGCUGCUGGUUGGCCGUCUUGGCUCUCAGAUGCUUGCGGGGAAGCGCUCAAUGGGUGGAUUCCAAGGAAAGCAGACACCUUUGAGAAAAUAGAUAAGAUUGGACAAGGAACAUACAGUAAUGUCUACAGAGCAAAGGAUAUGUUGAAUGGUAAAAUAGUGGCCCUAAAGAAGGUUCGGUUUGACAAUUUGGAACCAGAAAGCGUGAAGUUUAUGGCCCGAGAGAUUCUUAUAUUGCGAAGACUUGAUCAUCCUAAUGUCGUGAAGUUGGAAGGUCUGGUGACAUCAAGGAUGUCUUGUAGCUUAUAUCUUGUCUUCCAAUAUAUGGAUCAUGAUUUGGCUGGUCUUGCUGCAAGCCCUGUAGUGAAAUUCUCGGAGCCAGAGGUUAAGUGUUUUGUGCGUCAACUGCUAUCUGGUAUGGAGCACUGUCAUAGUCGCGGUGUGCUUCAUCGGGACAUCAAAGGAUCAAAUCUUCUUAUUGAUGAUGGUGGAGUACUCAAGAUUGCUGAUUUCGGGCUGGCGACGAUUUUUGAUCCACAGCACAGGCGACCAAUGACAAGCCGGGUGGUUACAUUGUGGUAUCGAGCUCCAGAGCUUCUUCUUGGAGCUACUGAUUAUGGUGUGGGCAUUGAUCUUUGGAGUGCAGGCUGUAUUUUAGCUGAAUUAUUGGCCGGGAGGCCCAUUAUGCCUGGCCGUACCGAGGUCGAGCAGCUUCAUAAGAUAUACAAGUUAUGUGGCUCGCCUUCUGAGGAUUACUGGAAAAAGGGAAAAUUCUCACACGGAGCCAUCUACAAACCUCGGGAACCAUACAAAAGGUGCAUAAGAGAGACAUUUAAAGACUUUCCACCAUCAUCUCUUCCCCUCAUCGACACUCUUCUUUCAAUUGAACCAGAAGAUAGGCAGACCGCAACAGAUGCAUUAAGAAGCGAAUUUUUUUCAACGGAACCAUAUGCCUGUGAACCUGCUGAUCUUCCGAAGUAUCCCCCAAGCAAAGAAAUGGAUGCCAAACGACGGGAUGAAGAAGCUCGGAGGCAAAGAGCUGCUAAUAAGGCACAAGGGGAUGGUACAAGGAAGAAUCGGCACCGGGAUCGUUCUAAUCGAGCCAUGCCAGCUCCAGAAGCCAAUGCCGAACUUCAAACUAAUCUCGACAGGCGGAGGCUGAUCACACAUGCGAACGCAAAGAGCAAGAGCGAGAAGUUUCCUCCGCCUCACCAGGACGGAGGAGCGUUAGGGCUUCCACUGGGGGCCUCACAACACAUUGACCCGAGUUUCGUCCCUCCAGAUAUCAUCCCUUCCUUCACUUCCUUCAACUUCUCGAAAGACGACCCUCCCACGCAGGUUCAGACAUGGUCCGGACCUCUAGGUCACCCCAUAACCGGGAACUCGAAGAAGAAGAAGGAGAGUCACCUGAAUAACAAAACCAGCAAAGGGAAGAGAUGAGAGCAGACACGAAAGAAGGCUGAGUGGAAGUGUUUUUUAGUUAAAGAGAUGAAGAAGAAACAAACAAAAGGGGGUGUUUUCAAAGAGGUUUCUUUCUUGUUCAUGUAACAAGAGUGGAAUUGCUUCAGUUAACAUAUAAAUGCUUGGACUUUCAUUGUUGUUUAUAUAAAAAUAUAUAUAUAAACUCUUUCUGUUUA